UGGUCUACUCAACUUGUAACUUGGCUAACGUUAGUCCUAUUUUACUUAGAAAAAGUCGUUUAUUAAAGUAUAUAAUAAUGCCGUUAUCGAUAUCGGUACAAAUAAGCUAAACACAAACACAGUUGUGGAGCUUUUAUUGUGAAAUUGUCAAAAUGGUUCGAAAAGCCAAAUUAUUGCAUCCCUGUUGAAAUUAAACAAUAUAUUUUGACUAUAAAACGGGAAUCGCUGUGAAGACCAGAGAGGAUUUUCAAUAGAUUCUACUGCAGUCAGCGGAGUAAAAGCAAAAGUCAAUAACAAUAUGUCUGUGGAAACUACAGCUGACAACGAGUACAACUUUGAGGAUAAAUUUGAAAAGCAUUUACGUUACGUAUUUUAUAUGAAACCCCUAUCAGAGAAUCCAAAAUGUGAUACAUCUAAAUUGGAAUUCUUUGGUGUUCUCAGUCUUAAAGAUGUCCUAAAACCUGAGCGUAAGCUUUGGUGUAUUUAUCAUUGCCGCCAGCCAGAUAUAGAUAGAACCAUUGACGCUUUACGGGAAAAAUAUGGCAAAAAGAAUAUGUAUGAAAUAUUCCGAAGGCCGAUAUUUAAGGGAGCUGCAUUGAGGGCGGGAGUUAAAAAACACUUUACGGACUUGAAAUGGUUUGUUAAAGGAAAUCUGUUAGAGGCUCCACCAAAAAGUCACUUCAAUGAUGAUCGCGUGAUUAAGUCAGUAACCGAUGUGUAUAAUAUCGAACGACAAAAACUCCAUAAUUUUAUGGCAAUGAAAUUACACUGGCGAAACCAACGUUGGUAGUAGUGAAAGCAACCAAAGAAAAUAAAGAAAUUGUGCAUAAUUCAGCGAUAAUAAGGAAUAAGGUUUUAAAUGUCUGAUAGAAUAAGUUAAUAUCAAAAAUAUUGUUCAAUUGCUUUUAUGAUAUGUUAUCUCUAUUUAAAUUGAAGUUGCCAGACUGAGGCGGAAAUAAUGUUGAAGUCUUUCGAUUUAGUAAUAAUUUAAAAGUUAAGCCGUACAAUUAAAUAUUUGCGGAUGGAUA